UCAUUCUCCAUUUUUGUUGGGCGUGUACGAACGUCAAAGUUAAAUUGCCCAUCCUAAAAUUUAAUUUUAAGUAAUGAAGUUAUAAACUUUAUCUUAUUCUGUAAUCGUUUUAAUAUGGAGCUGAUACUACUGAGUGCCUUAUUGUCACUACAAUUAUGUUUUGUGUGGGGACAACAUAACUUUGACGAUGUAGAACUUAGCCAGGAAUUGGUUUGGUGCGUUACUAGUGAACCAGAGUUAUACAAAUGCCGGAACUUCACAGUCGCUCUAGAGCGUGAUCGCGCUCUCUUUGACAAUUAUUUCAUGGAUGUAAGUUGUCAUUUUGCGUUCGAUCAGGACGAAUGCAUGCAACUUAUAGAUGAUGGUAAAGCACAUGCCAUGACCCUAGACGCUGGAGAGGUAUACACGGGUGGACGACAUCAUUCUCUAGUACCUAUUAUGCAAGAGGGCUACGAUGGUGGUUUUACGCAAUAUUUUGCUGUGGCUGUCGUUAAAAAAGAAUCUCUCAGAGAUGUGACAAAUCUCAGGCAUUUGAAAGGUAAAAAAGCUUGUUUUGCAUGGGUUGGAAGUCAUGCCGGGUGGACAAUUCCUAUUUACACGCUUCAACGGGAAGGUGGCAUGGAAAUAACUGAUUGCAAUAAUCACGUGAAAACAGCAACAGACUAUUUUGGAUCUUCAUGCGCCGUGAAUGCUUUGAUCGAUAAAUAUAAUCCAAUUGGUGAUAAUUCUGACAGAUUAUGUGAACUCUGUACUGGGAAAGUUAACGGACAAAGAUGUACUCCUAAAGAUCCGUAUGCUGGAUUCGAGGGUGCUUUCCGUUGUCUUCUGGAAGCUGGGGAUAUUGCCUUCGUAAAGCAUACUACAGUAAAUGAAAUGGUAGACAGUGGCCUAAUUCAUGGUGUAACAGUAGAACAGUUCGAAUUGCUUUGCAAGGAUGGAACCAGGCAACCCAUUUCCGAAUAUCGCCAAUGCAACUGGGGACAGGUACAGUCGCACGCGCUUGUUGUUUCUUCAGCUAGGACAACUGCAGAGAGAAGGAGAUACAAAAAGUUCUUUACGCAAGCCGUUAAUUUAUAUUCUACUAAAUCGAAACGCCAAACCAAUGGCACAUCUACAGAUGAAAGGUUUCGUAAUACUGGCGAUCGUUUCAAUAGCAAUACGCGAUAUGACAAUGGUCGAAAUGAAGAUCGAUAUUACGCAGGGAAUCGUUUCUUUACCUCAACAACAACUGAUCGAUAUGGUUUUAACCGUGACCUCAACGACAUACAAAACAAUGAUACACAAUUUUACGAGCAGUUUGAUUUAUUUGAAUCCAGACGAUAUGGGAAGCAGCUGAAUCUCAUGUUUCAGGAUACUGCUCGGUAUUUGGCUCCUAUCGAAGAGAAUAACCAAAAUUUCCAAAGCUAUCUAGGUGGGGCGUUAAAGCAAAUCUACGAUGUAAGAGCUUGUCCUGUUAAUCGGAUGAUGCUUUGUGUUACUUCAGAGCCAGAAAUGGAAAAAUGUAUUAAAAUGCGGACUGCUCUAAAAGCUCAACUUAUUAAACCGGAUAUGCACUGUUUGAAAGCUCAUUCACACAUAGAUUGUAUGCGCCACGUCAACUCUGGGCAAGCGGAUGUAGCUGUAUUUGAUGCAAGCGAUGUCUACACUGCAGGCCUAAAGUACGACCUUUUGCCUUUCAUGUCGGAAAUAUAUGAUCUUGGUCGUCCAGAGUACUACGUAGUAGCAGUUGCUAAAGAAGAAGACCCUGAUACAGAAUUAACAUAUCUAAAAAAUAAAUACACCUGCCAUUCAGGAGUAAAUACGGCUGCAGGUUGGGUCUACCCAAUGGCAUAUCUCAUUUCGAAUGGUUGGAUUCGUCCAUAUGGCUGCGAUAGUAUUCGGGCAGCCGCAGAAUAUUUUACUAAAUCUUGUGUUCCUGGAGCGAUAAGUAAUGAGUAUAACACAGGUGUGCCUUAUGACAAUCUAUGUGAUUUGUGUCACGGAAGUAGUUUUCGUUACUGCCGACGGGAUGCUUCUGAAGAUUAUUAUGGAAAUACUGGAGCCUUUAGAUGUCUUGUUGAAGGUGGAGGACACGUGGCAUUUGUGAAACAUACUACUGUGCUGGAAAAUACUGGUGGAAAAAGACGAGAAUGGUGGGCUAGAAAUACUCUGCCUGAUGAUUUCGAACUUUUGUGCCCUGAUGGAACUAGAGCUGAAAUUAAUGAGUAUAAACGAUGUAACUUGGGUAAAGUCAAAUCCAACGCUAUUGUUACUAGAGGAGGACAAAAUUAUAAUGCCACUCAAUUGAACGCAUAUAUUAAUUUAUUCACGUAUGCACAACAGUUCUACGGCAGAAGAGACGCUGACGAGUUCAGUUUUAGUUUGUUUUACUCCAAUCCUCCUUAUCAUGAUUUGAUAUUUUCGGACGCAACACGAGAGCUUCGAUUGGUACCCCGAGAUAAACGUUGGUUCGAUGCAUAUUUAGGCCAAGAUUUCUUACGAGCUCGUCGAAUUACUGAUUGCCAUGCAGGUGGGAGCGUGUUAAAAUUGCACUUUAAAAGUUUCGUAAUUUUAGUGAUAGCAUCGAUUCUCCAUAGAAACAUGUAGAAGUGUUUUUAAAAACUAUGUAUAAUUAUUCCGUCCAGCAGAUUUAUUCAAACUGAUUUGUAAACUUAACCUGGGGUAGCAUGUUUUAUCCCGUUCCGUCCUUUGAAUGUUUCAUUAACAAAAUAAUGUGCAUGUUAGACAUUGAAACCCGUGCAAAGAAUCUCUGAUACUAAAGUAUUAUAUUUUUAUAAAUUUAUCUCUGCAGCCAAAAACUGAAGUUCGUCUAUUCCAGUUUAACAUGUAUGAAAUUCCAUCAAAUUAUAAGAAUUUUAUAUAAUAA